AUGGACGUUGAAGGGGAUGAAAAUAAUGAAGAGUAUGGUCCCGAUGCGACCCCCAUUGAUAGACAGUCACAGCCAUAUGUUGACGACGAUGCAGGACCAAGUGUUACGAUUAUUGAGAAAGUAGCAGUUGCUAAGCAAAACAUAGAUAUUGGGAGGAGGGAUAGGAAGGCGGCAGCAGCUAUUACAACUCCUUAUAGUGUCGGAGGCUUGCGGAAAAAACUACAGCGCACUUUACCUGGUGCAUCUUCUACUUUGAAGUUCGACCCAUACAAACCAGUACCCACGCGACUUGUAAAAAAUUUUGACAAAUUUAUGAAGUCUGGUUGGGCAGCAAAGGUUGAUAUGGACAUUUUGACUGCGGGUAAAGACUUUUUCCAGUUGCUUAUAAACAGUGAGAAGUGGCUGAAUCACGAUCAUAUGGAAGUCCUGCCUUACCUAUUUCGUGUACGUGCCAAUCAAUUUCCUGAUAUUUUUUAUCCUAGUUUUGAGGUGCUAGAUGGAGGAUUUUGGGUAUACAUUGAGCAAUGUCAUGGAAAGUUCAUCGACAAUCCAUCUAAGUUCCAAUUCUCAUACGCAAUGCAAGAAUAUGUGCUGGGGAUUCGAAUGAAGGAGUCCAAGCCAUGGAAAUACGUAAAUCAUUUGUUGAUUCCACUAAACAAGCGCAACAUACAUUGGGUGGUAGGGCACGUGGACUUAAAAGAGCGUCGCAUGACUGUAUAUGAUUCAGAUAAGGCUGGUAACCGAUACAAGGGACAAAUUUAUUUCCAGAAAUUAUGUUUACAACAAAGAACUUAG